AUGGACAUCAUUCGCCCAGUCAUCAAUGUGGCAAAGGAAGGCGAAAUAAAGGAGCGACUGGAAAACGCCGUAUCGCUGCUCUCAGCUAGAAACGAACUACUAGUGGUCGCUGACGGAGACGUAUCAGUCUUCGCUUUUUAUGAUCAGCAAAAGAAGGCUGAAACAACUAAAGACCCUAUUUUGAGGGCGGCAUGGGCUCCCGCACCUCCUCAGUACAUGCCCGAGAGAGCACGAGGUCACCCCAAAAUGGAGUUCCAAGGCACUUCUGACGGAUCUAGAAUGGAACUUCGUCCUACAAGCAGAGGGCCUCAAGUAAGGACAUGUGCUAUCAGUGCGGACGGUUCGGACACUUUGCGACCGAAUGCAAAUUUCCGAGGAAAUACAAAUCAGAUUCAAUCUCUACUUGGUUCUAAUGCUAUUUCUGUAUGUACCAAUACGGGUAUCAGCAUAAAUCCCCUCUCAGUUGCAGAAGACUUGUCAGAUUUGAACAAGUAUCUCGAAGAAGGUCCAUAUAAAGUUCGAAGAUUUGUCAAAGGCGAGAAGUGGAUGGCAUGGUGUGAUACGAUCGCUAUUGCUCGCAACCAGGGACAGGAAGAACUGGCUCAGAUCGUGGGCAAAUCCGCCAACUGCUCUCUGGCACCAAGCACGAUGUCCGCUUACUCCUCCAUGAGAUAUCGCUUCGAGGCUUUCGGCUUCUUCUCUCCUCAAUGCGCCUACAAUUGGGGAAGCUUAGAAACCUGUUCAUAG